AUGGCUUAUUCUAGUUCAACACGGGACUUUAUUGCACUUUCAGAUCUGCAUCCAAAUCUUGCUCGUCCUAAUGUAAUCGGUGUGGUUAUUGGGAAAACAGAUGUCAGAGGCUUUCCAGACAGAAAAAACAUUGGGUCUGAAAGAUACACCUUCAGUUUUACUAUUCGUGAUUCACCAACUUAUUUUAUAAAUGUAAAUUCUUGGGGCAGAGAAGAGUAUAUUAGAUCACUUUCAGAAAGCUUUAGAGUUGGUGACUGUGUUACAAUUGAAAAUCCUUUAGUUCAGUCAAAGGAAGGAGAAAGGGAAGAAAAAUUCAACCCUGUAACUCCUAGUUGCUACAAAUUACUGCUCAGCGAAAAUCAUUCAGUGGUCAAAACGUCUUCGUGUUAUGAAAUGGACACCAAACUACUUUCUCUGUUGCAUCUGCCUGUCAAGGACCCUCAGGAUUAUUAUUCACUGGGUGAUAUCAUUGCAAAUGGACAAAGCCUCGAUGGAAGAAUCCUUAAUGUGCUAGCAGCUGUAAUGUCAGUUGGUGAGCCAAAGUAUUUUAUGACUUCAGACAAAAGAAAAGGUCAGAGGUGUGAAGUAAAGCUGUAUGAUGAAACAGAGAUGUCUUUUCCAAUAGUAUGUUGGGAUAAUGAAUCUAUCCAGCUUGCACAGAGUUGGAUCCCACGAGAAACAGUAAUAUUUGCAUCAGAUGUGAGAAUAAAUUUUGACAAAUUUAGGAACUGUAUGACUGCAACUGUGAUAUCAAAAACCAUCAUUACAACUAAUCCAGAAACAGCAGAAGCAAAUGUUCUCUUCAGCUUCAUAAAAGAGAGUGCGCAAUCAGGAGCUUUGCGUGACAAAAUGGAGGAGCAGUCAAAAGAAUCCAUUAACUUGGAGACUAUAGUUGAUGUUUAUACUGUGGAACAGCUGAAAGAGAAAGCCUUACAGAAUGAUGGGAAACUUGAACCCAUCUAUGGCAUUAUUUAUGGCUACAUUUCUACACUGGACAUUGAUGAUAAUGCAUCUAAAAUUAUGCGCAACAGAUGUUCAAUAUGCCGUUUUAUAGUGAAUGAAAUGUCAAACACAUGCACUUUCUGCAGUGAUGUCUCUUCGGAUUCAAAGUCAACUUUUGCAAGCUUUGACAUACUCAUUGAUCUGACAGAUCACACGGGCACUCUUUAUUCUUGUUACCUGUCUGACUGUGUAGCUGAGGAAACGCUAGGCUGCACAGUCCAUGAAUUCCUCACCCUAGCAGAAGACAAGAAGACUGCAUUGAAAUGGCAACUUCUUUUGGAACGAAGCAAGAUUUAUUUUAAAGUUACUUUGUCACCCAGUUCGAGAACUGGACUGAAAGUGAAUGUUCUUUCAUGCAAACUGGCAGACCCUAUAGAGGCGAGUCAGAGCUUGUUGGGAAACCAGACUGGAAAUAAGAGAUUACACUAUUAA